AUGAACCAAACCACUCCGCAGAUCCCAGAUGUAGGCACCAGACGGCUCGAUCCAGUCAUGCACCUCAAUCUCCGCCAUCGACUCACAAGGCCAAGACCCACGCAAUCCCCCAAGACCACCGCAAGGCAGUCAGUCAGUCCGCCAAACCCCGCGUACCCGCAUCAGAGCCCCGCCCCGCCGAUCUCACAUCCGUCACGCACCACCGAUCCGGUCACCUGA